UUUAUUUUCCUUUCCACUCCCUUCUCUCCCUUCCCCGCUAUAUAAACUGUCUUUUCAACAGGAAAGAAGUUGGGGAUAUAGUCUUACUGGUACUACCUACUCUCCUAUUACACAACAAACACCUCACCUGUGACCGCAACACCACAAAACAACGCUGCCAUGGAUUCUGAUUUCGGCAUUCCCAGAGAGCUUUCCGAGCUGCAAAAACUCCGAUCACUUUACCAACCAGAGCUCCCCCCUUGCCUUCAGGGAACUACUGUGAGGGUAGAAUUUGGCGAUGCUACUACAGCAGCAGACGUAGCCGAUUCCCACACCAUAAGCAGAUCCUUUCCCCGCACAUAUGGUCAGCCUUUGGCUCACUUUCUUAGGGCAACUGCUAAAGUACCUGAUGCUCACAUCAUUACUGAGCAUCCAGCUAUGAGGGUGGGAAUAGUCUUUUGUGGGAGACAAUCUCCUGGAGGUCACAAUGUCAUAUGGGGCCUUAACAGUGCUCUUAAAAUCCACAACCCUAACAGUACUUUACUUGGAUUUCUAGGUGGCUCUGAAGGUUUAUUUGCCCAGAAAACCCUUGAAAUAACUGAUGAUGUUCUGUCAACCUACAAAAAUCAAGGUGGUUAUGAUUUGCUGGGUAGGACUAAAGAUCAAAUAAGAACAACUGAGCAAGUUAAUGCUGCGCUAACCACAUGCAAAGAUUUGAAAUUGGACGGCCUUGUUAUAAUUGGAGGGGUUACAUCAAAUACAGAUGCUGCUCAGCUUGCUGAAACAUUUGCUGAGGCAAAGUGCCCAACAAAGGUGGUUGGUGUUCCUGUUACUUUGAAUGGAGAUCUCAAGAAUCAAUUUGUGGAAACAAAUGUUGGUUUUGAUACAAUAUGCAAGGUCAAUUCACAGCUCAUCAGCAAUGUCUGUACUGAUGCUCUCUCUGCCGAGAAGUAUUAUUAUUUUAUCCGUCUCAUGGGUCGAAAGGCAUCACAUGUUGCUUUAGAGUGCACACUUCAGUCUCACCCAAACAUGGUAAUUCUUGGUGAGGAGGUAGCUGCAUCAAAACUCACUCUUUUUGACCUGACAAAACAAAUUUGUGAUGCAGUCCAAGCCAGAGCAGAACAAGACAAGUACCAUGGGGUCAUUCUUCUUCCAGAGGGGCUCAUAGAAAGCAUUCCCGAAGUUUAUGCUCUCUUGAAGGAAAUACAUGGUUUGCUAAGGCAAGGUGUUGCCUCCAACAACAUUUCAUCUCAACUCUCACCAUGGGCUUCUGCUUUGUUUGAAUUCUUGCCACCCUUUAUCAAGAAACAGCUGCUCCUUUACCCUGAAUCAGAUGACUCAGCACAGUUAUCCCAGAUUGAGACGGAGAAACUUCUAGCGCAUCUUGUCGAGGCAGAAAUGAGCAAGCGGCUGAAAGAAGGCACAUACAAGGGGAAAAAAUUCAAUGCUAUCUGCCACUUUUUUGGUUAUCAGGCCCGGGGUUCUGUGCCAUCAAAAUUUGACUGUGAUUAUGCCUAUGUGCUUGGGCACAUCUGCUACCAUAUUCUAGCAGCCGGUUUGAAUGGUUAUAUGGGAACUGUAACAAACCUCAAGAAUCCCGUGAACAAGUGGCGUUGUGGUGCUGCUCCAAUUACAGCAAUGAUGACGGUGAAGCGAUGGGCUCAAAGUCCAGGUGCCACUUCAAUUGGAAAACCUGCUAUACAUCCAGCUACAGUGGAUUUGAAAGGCAAAGCAUAUGAGCUGCUCAGACAAAAUGCAGUAAAAUUUUUAAUGGAUGAUCUAUACCGAAAUCCAGGGCCCCUUCAAUUUGAAGGUCCUGGUGCUGAUGCCAAACCAUUAACGCUCUGUGUUGAAGACCAGGAUUACAUGGGCCGGAUAAAGGAACUGCAGGAAUACCUUGACAAGGUACGAACUAUUGUGAAACCAGGGUGUUCACAGGAAGUUCUGAAAGCUGCCUUGAGUGUGAUGGCUUCUGUGACAGAUGUGCUUUCCACAAUGUCUUCAACUUCCUUGAACAGUCAGACACCCCUUUAAGAGCGCAAAUUAUGUGUUCUUAAACUAACUUGGUGCCAUUGCAUAGUAUGAGAAUUAUCUCCUGCACAUUGUCUGCUUUUUCAUGAUUUGUAUCUUGAAACUGUAGAUGCAGACUAGUUAGAUGAUGGCAAUAAGCUGAAUUUUUCCAUUUUUCUUUUAAGAAAAAUUAAUUUUUGAAUUUUACUGUUAUGUGAUAAUAGCGUGAGGAUUAUAAAUGUCAGAUUUGCAGAGUUGAAAUUUUGUUUAUGCUGGUGGGAACGUGGGAACUGCAUAAACAUCGAACUCCAUGAAUGUUAAAUGUGGUGGUUAUAUUCGAAGCAGUUACUUUUCCUAUCA